CCCGCGUGGCUCGCCCCGGUCCAUGCGGCUCCGGCGGGCAUGGUGGAGGAGGAGGACUCGCCGGUGGAGGCGGCGGCGGAGCGGAUGUGAGCCGGGCGCGGGGCCGCCCUCAGCCCGGCCGCGGGAUUAGAGAGUCCUGCAGAAUCCACGUCACACGUAGUCCCCGAGGUGGCAUGCUGGUAUCUACACGAGGGAACCUCCUCUCGCUCAUCCUGUCGAUGUUUCUGAUACUGUUCUUGACUGGACCACGUUCCUCUGAGAUGGGAUUUACCCUGUGAAACAGGGAGAAGAACUUAUGGACCUCCAGCAUCAUUUCAAGCUGUAGUUGAGUUUUUGUCUUCAACACCGCAGGCGUACAUGCAGAGCUCUUUUGCUUUGCACCCUCUGCCUUAUUGAAGCUGCCUUGUGUUUGAAGCAGAACUGUUCCAAGUCCAUUGGCCAUGGCUUCAGUUUGGAAGAGACUGCAGCGUGUGGGGAAGCAUGCAUCGAAGUUCCAGUUUGUGGCCUCCUACCAGGAGCUGAUGGUUGAGUGUACAAAGAAAUGGCAACCAGAUAAACUUGUGGUAGUGUGGACAAGACGGAGCCGGAGGAAGUCUUCUAAGGUUCACAGCUGGCAACCUGGGAUAAAAAACCCGUACCGUGGCGUUGUUGUUUGGCCGGUUCCUGAAAAUGUUGAAAUCACCGUCACGCUUUUUAAGGAUCCUCAUGCAGAGGAAUUUGAAGACAAAGAAUGGACAUUUGUCAUAGAAAAUGAAUCCACCUCUGGCCGGAGAAAAGCUCUUGCUACCAGCAGUAUCAACAUGAAGCAGUAUGCGAGCCCCAUGCCAACGCAGACUGACGUCAAAUUAAAGUUCAAGCCUCUGUCUAAAAAAGUUGUGUCUGCCGCUCUCCAGUUUUCCUUGUCUUGCAUUUUCCUUCGAGAAGGCAAAGCCACGGAUGAAGACAUGCAAAGCCUGGCUAGUCUGAUGAGCAUGAAGCAGGCGGACAUUGGCAACCUGGACGACUUCGAAGAAGAUAACGAGGAUGACGACGAGAGCCGCGUGAGCCAGGAGGAAAAGGCAGCAAAAAUCACAGAAAUUGUAAACCAGUUGAAUGCUCUGAGCAGCUUAGAUGAAGACCAAGAUGACUACAUAAAGCAAGGAACUAUGCCUUCAGCUAAAUCAGCCAGUUCCUCUGCAGAACUUAUCAACAAACUUAAUUUUUUGGAGGAAGUAGAAAAGGAUUUGGCUCCUGGGAAUACAAAUCCAUUUGAUGAACCUGAUGCAACAGAACUAAAUCCAUUCGAAGACCCUGGCCCAGAAGAACCAGCCAGUGAAUCAGCUUCACCUAAAAAACCAGAAGACUCUUUUUAUAAUGACAGCUAUACCCCCUUUAAAGGUGUACAGACUCCACAGUAUUUAAAUCCAUUCGAUGAGCCAGAGCCUUUUGUCACUAUAAAGGAUUCUCCUCCCCAUUCCACGAAAAGAAAGCCCGUGAGACCUGUGGACAUGAGCAAAUACCUGUAUGCCGACAGUUCUAGAAGUGAGGAGGAGCUGGAUGAGUCAAAUCCUUUUUAUGAACCUAAACCAACUUCUCCAAAUAAUCUGACAAAUGCAGCUCAGGAAGUAGCAACUGAAAAGAGAGUGAAAAGAAAGGCCCCUGCUCCGCCAGUCCUCUCCCCAGACACAGGAGGGGUGGAUGGAAGCGCGGGCGUUCCCGCCGGAAGAGGCCUCUCUGCUUCUCCUAAGCCAAGCCCUAUGCCAAGUCCUGUUUUAGGGCAAAAGCCAAAUGCUAGUCAAUCAUUGCUUGUAUGGUGCAAAGAAGUUACAAAAAACUACCGGGGAGUGAAAAUCACCAAUUUUACUACUUCAUGGAGAAAUGGUUUAUCUUUUUGUGCAAUAUUACACCACUUUAGACCAGACUUAAUUGACUACAAGUCUCUGAAUCCUCAAGAUAUUAAAGAGAACAACAAAAAGGCGUACGACGGGUUUGCCAGCAUAGGAAUUUCCCGGUUACUGGAACCUUCUGACAUGGUUUUGUUAGCCAUUCCCGACAAGCUGACUGUCAUGACAUACCUCUAUCAAAUCAGGGCACAUUUCAGUGGCCAAGAGCUAAACGUGGUUCAGAUAGAAGAAAACAGCAGCAAAAGCACCUACAAAGUUGGGAACUACGAGACAGACACAAACAGCUCCGUUGAUCAAGAAAAAUUCUACGCCGAGCUCAGCGACCUGCCGCGGGAGCCCAGCCCGCCGCAGCCCGCCGCGGGGGCCGUGGAGGCGCUGACGCCGGACGACGGCGUGGGUGUGCAUGACAGUGGGGUGGGCGAGUCGGAAAGUGACCAUCACACUCCAGACGAUCACGUGAGCCCAAGCACGGCCUCCCCUUACCGUGGCAGGACGCCCAGUGAUGCGGAGCCCCCGAGGUCCCAGCCCAGCUCCAGAAGGACUUCAGGCUGUGACGACGUUGGGUUAAGUCCCAGCACCGAUCCAACCCAAGCCCAGGCUCUGUUAGGGAAGAAGAGACUAUUGAAAACUGAGACCUUAGAACUAAGUGGCUUGUACAUCAGUGGUAAGAAGACGGAUGUAUCCCCACCUUUGAUUUAUGAGGAGACAGACCCGCAGAAACUCAAGACUGUGGCUGGCAGUGGUAACUUGGAGCAGGAAAAACUGGAGAAUGCCAGGCCAUUUGAAGGCAGACUGGAUGCCAAAUCACCUAUCCAAAAACCAAGUUUAUCCCCUACUUCUAAACCUGGAUCCUCAUGCAGUAGAGAUUCAGACUUCAUGAAGAAACCACGUACUUCUCUGAGGCAGACAGAAUCUGACCCAGACGCUGAUAGAAACACUUUAAAUCAUGCAGAUCAUUCAACCAAAACAGUCCAGCAUCGAAUGUUGUCCAGACAAGAAGAACUUAAGGAAAGAGCCAGAGUCCUGCUUGAGCAAGCCAGAAGAGACGCGGCGCUGAAAGCAGGGAGUGAGCAGAACCCGGGCACGGUCCCCCCGCUCUGCAGCCGGCAGCUGAACGAUCAGCAAGAUGAAGAACGGCGGCGGCAGCUGAGAGAGCGCGCGCGUCAGCUAAUAGCAGAAGCUCGAUCCGGAGUGAAGAUGUCAGAACCUCCCAGCUAUGGGGAAAUGGCUGCAGAAAAGUUGAAAGAAAGGUCAAAGGCAUCUGGAGAUGAGAAUGAUAAUAUUGAGAUAGAUACCGAUGAGGAGAUUCCUGAAGGCUUUGUUGUAGAAGGUGGCGAUGCCCUUACUAAUAUAGAAAAUGACCUUGAUAUUCCCGAACAAAGCAGUAAGUUGGACUGGAGACUGAAGAAGCUCCUGGAAGCUCAGCCACAGGUGGCAAACUCACUUCCCAGCAUCGCCCAGAGAGCUGGGACCGAGGGCGCCGAGCCAGGCGUGAAGAAUGGCAUAGAAGAUCUCCGGACUGAGCGAUUACAAAAAGCAGCAGAACGUUUUAGAAAUCCUGUCGUGUUCAGCAAGGAUUCUACAGUCAGAAAAACUCAACUUCAGUCUUUCAGUCAGUAUGUUGAGAAUAGACCAGAGAUGAAAAGGCAGAGAUCAAUCCAGGAAGAUACAAAGAAAGGAAACGAGGAGAAGGCAGCAAUGACUGAAACGCAGAGGAAGCCAUCAGAAGAUGAAGCACUUAAUAAAGGGUUCAGAGACACCAGUCAGUACGUCGUGGGAGAAUUGGCAGCGCUCGAGAACGAGCAGAAGCAAAUUGACACCCGUGCCGCGCUGGUGGAGAGGCGCCUCCGCUAUCUCAUGGACACAGGAAGGAACACUGAAGAAGAGGAAUCUAUGAUGCAGGAGUGGUUUAUGCUAGUGAAUAAGAAAAAUGCCUUGAUAAGGAGGAUGAACCAGCUCUCUCUUUUGGAAAAAGAGCAGGACUUAGAGCGAAGGUAUGAGCUGCUGAACCGGGACCUGCGGGCCAUGCUGGCCGUGGAAGACUGGCAGAAGACCGAGGCCCAGAAGCGGCGGGAGCAGCUGCUCCUGGAUGAGCUGGUGGCCCUGGUGAACAAGCGAGACGCGCUGGUCAGGGACCUCGAUGCCCAGGAGAAGCAGGCGGAAGAAGAAGAUGAGCAUUUGGAGCGAACUCUGGAGCAAAACAAAGGCAAGAUGGCCAAGAAAGAGGAGAAAUGUGCUCUUCAGUAGCCUUCAGACCUCUCUGCCCCAACAUUUCAGUCCUAGGUCCUCAGACCAGAACCAGUCAGACUCGUUGAUUUAAAACUUUGUUUUUUUUUUUUUUACAUUUUGUUUGGCUGGACUGUACCUGUACCACCAACAACCCCUUUCCUCCUUCCAAAUAAUGUAAAGAACUCCAAAAUAGCUUUGUUUAAGGAAAUUUUUUUUUGAGAGUUAAUCAUCACAUCAUUUUUUAAAAACCACAUGAACUAGAUUUGCACAGACAUCUUGGGAGUGAUUGGUAUUGAAGAUGCUCAAGAAACUUCAAAAAAAGGGAAAAAAGUGUUUCCCUCAUUUUUUUUUUUUUGAUGGGAAGAAAAUUGGAAACAUUUUUGUUGUCAUUGUUGGUAACUAGCGUAGUGGUGGGUGGGGUGGGGGGCAAAAACGGGAUAAGAAAAUUGUCACAGUUUUCUCCAGUCCUACCAUAUGUAACACCUUGUUACCUAAAUUUAGUCGUUAGACCCUACUCAUCCUACUUACAGACUGCUUUCUAUUUACAAGUGAGGUCUUCAGUUCUUUCGCAUUUCACUGUAAGAAUAAUAGAGUUCCCCUUGGCUUUCCUCAGAUGAUGGCCUGAGACAAGCCCUGUAGUUUCAAAGGUGAACUGUGAGGACGGGACUAAUUGACUUGCUGCAGUUUACAGUUUUAUCAACUGAUACGCGCCAUCUUUUCUCUGAAAAUUAUUUAUUACAUCUUGCUUGGUUCCUCCUUCCUGUCGUGUCUCAACAUUGGCUCAAAGAAUGUUGUUAAUAUUUAUUCUGUGUUGAUAAAUAUCUGUCUUGCCACUAUGAGUAAAUCUCCCCAAUUAAUAUUUUCUCUCUAGCAUAGCACUGUUUUUUUUUUUGUGAAAAUGGUUAUCUGUUUAUUUAUUACAAUACUGAGUCAUAUAUAAAUUUUCAAUAAAAGCAGAAACUUUCUUACCUUAAA